CCCCGCCACCGCCCGCCCCACCGCUGCCCCACACACACGGCGCGGCCGCCCCGGGGUGGGGACCCCCGGCACGACGGCUCCGGCACAAGUCGGGAGCCUGAGCAGCGUCCCCAGCCCAGGGUGAGGUUGGCAGAGGGUUGGAUGCUGACUCUUCCCGGGAGAUGGACAGAGUCACCCGGCACUUGGUCUUCCAGCUCCCGCAGACCUCGCACAAGCACGACGAUGCUGCCCUGGCCGGCUCCUCGGCAGAGCAAAGGGCCGACAGCGACGACGACGUGUUCGGCAGCCAGAGGGUGGAGAAUGGAUACAGCUGGAAAGUGACAUCAAGGUCACCCUCGUAUCACCUGCAUGGUGGGAGAGAUGUCUGGACCCCAUCCCCAGACAGGGAGUCCAAGCUGGAGGUGGUGAAGUCGGGGAGCCUGUACGACCUCAGGGCUUACAGAGGGGAGAGGAAACCCUCGAAGCUUUACGAGGAGGAUGAGCAGGAGCAGCGCAGGGUCCCUCCACCAAACAUCUCACCCGAGAAAGCCAGGGAGCUGGAGGAGGAGAGGAGGGACGUCAUCCGGAGCCAGGUGAUGAGGAAGAGCUCCACCAUGGCCGAGAGGUGGAGCUCCAUGGAUGAGCUGAGCCCCGUAAGCCAGGGUGAAGGCAGGCACAAGGGCAGCACCACCACCAGGUUUGCCAUUUGCUUUGACAAAUCUUCCCCGGGGAGGGCAGCAACACCGGUUGACCCUGAGAACAUUGACACGGAGCAGAUCAACUUCUCCGCUGCUCGGCAGCAGUUCCUGAUGCUAGAGAAGACCAACCCAGGCUCUUUCUUCAGCCCAGAGCAACAGGCCAUGUCUCCAAAGCCAGAGUCGAUGAUAAAAGUCACCAGACAGGAGUGGCACAGUCCCGAGAUGGCCACGAAGGCUGAGAGAGGUUAUGGUAAUGCCGAUGCACCCAGCCAGAGCCGGAUGGACAAGAGCGUGUACCAGGUUUAUAGUGUGUCCUACAAGACACCUGGGAAGGAGGAGGUUUAUGCUCCCAGAAAGGCUGAUGCUGAAAGGUCAUAUCCCACCAGGAAAACAUCCGGCUUCACCAAAGCAUAUUCCAGAGAAGACCUGGACUCCGGCGUGGGUGAGAUGUACCAUGAAGCCAACGUAGGCUAUGCCAGCGAUGGAAUCAUGUCCAGUGAGGUCUUCAAUGGCUUCGUGGACCUGAGGGAAGGCAGCAAUGGCCUGGACAAGGAGAUGAAGAUCAGCGACGAGACUCCCAUCGAGCGGGAGAUCCGCAUGGCGAUGGAGAGGGAGGAGAACCUCUGGAAGGAGAGGGGGAUCCAGCGGCUGACCUCCAGCAGCGAGCUGGUGGAGAUCCAGACCAAGCCGCUCCUCUCCAUGCACACCUCCCCAGGCCCAGGCAGGAAAGGGAAGGACAAAGGCCGCGCUUCCCUUUACGUCCAGAGGGAAAUCGAGCAGGAAACCAAGCGCGAGGAAGACCUGAAGAGGCAGGGGAGGCUGCUGGGGACGUACGACAGGGGGACGCAGCAGGAGCUGGACAAGCGCAGGAGGGUGUUUGAGCAGGAGGAAGGCUCCUCACCAAAGCCCAUUCCCUCAAGGAGCUGGGGUCAGGAGCAGCCCCCGGGCCCCACAGAAGACCUCAGGGGUGGGAGAAGCUUUCCCAGCUCCACAGGGAGCAUCACGCGCUUCCAGACAUACAGCACCAGCGAGAAGAGCUGGGAGCAGCCCGUGGUGUCCCAGCGCGUUUCCGCCAGCACCAGCAAAUGGGAGAGUGAGGAUUCCCAGGGAGGAAGACUCCCCGGCUCCACCCUGAGCCCUGCCGGCACCACUGUCCUGCCCAGGAAAUACUUCUCCUUGUCCUUCUGGAAGCCCAAGGUCUCCUUCGUGGACGAGAUGGGGACGCAGAGCCCGCUCAGGAGAGAGGACGGCCGGGAUGAGCAGUACAAGGUGAGGACCUGGAAGCCUCAGACGUCGGUGCUGAUCGAGGAGGAGAUCCGGAGCGACUUGCAGAGGGAAGAGGAGCUGCAGCAGCAGCGGCGGCGGCGGCAGAUGAUAGAUGGCUACUCCCUGGUCAGCAGCGACGGUGUUCCCCAGGAUAGCUCCCACUCACGGCACAGCUCCGCUGCCUCAGGUGUCAGCGGCAGCUACUCAGUGUCCGAGUCUCCCGUCUCCACUCCCACCUCGCACCAGGGAGGGAUCCUGGGGCUGGUGUCGUCCUUCACCCCGCUGAGAGUGGCCGGUCCCUCCCCGGGCAGCACCGAGACCUUCGGCCCCGACUUGGCCUGGUCCAGCCCCUCCGAGGAGCGGAGAAGGAGGGUGAAGGAGGAUGGAAAGUACGCAGGUAUUGAACCCGUUGACAAGGUCAACACGGAGGUUGUGGAGAGCACGCGAGUGACUCGCCACAAGAGCACCAUGGCCCAGCGCUGGGAGGCCGGGCAGUACGUGCAGGAUGAGGACUGAGGUGACGGCGGUGCCGGGGCCACCGAACUCGCCCUGUGCUGCCCGGUUCGGGAUCCACCGGCACAUGAACCCCCCGACCAGUCCAGUUCCUGGUUAUCACGAGAAUCAGAGACUUGUACACUGCAAAUCGCGUUGUUUUUAAUGUCACUGAUGAUCCUUCCAGUGCUCUUUUGUUCCCCUUCCCGGUGAGAUAAUCCUAUUCUUUUUUCUUAAGAAGGGAAAACCUGGAUCACUGUUCUUAUAAUCACUCCCGUCAGGACGCAGCCGGAUGAAAUCAGACGGUCACUGAGCUCCUUUCUCCUUGCAAGUGCUGCCUCUGGUUUAUCAAAAAGCGAUUUUAUUUCUCGGGGUUUUGGGAAUUGAGGUUCCGCGUCGGGCACCGCCUGUGAGCGAUCGGCCGGGAAUGCGCCUUUGGAUCAGGGAAUGGCAUCGGGCCGGGAAUCACCGUUUGGUGCUUAACGCCCGUGAGCGCGGGGCUGCAACGAUGCAACCACGCAGCCAGCGACCGCCGCGCUGCGUUCGCUCGGCCCCUUCCCGGCCAGGUCCGGCCGCUCCCGGGGCUGGACGCGGUGCCCGGGGGGUCCCUGCGGCCGCCGCACCGGGAGCGGCGGGGCCCGCCCGCUGCCGCCAGGGGGCUCCCGGCGAGCGAGAGCCGCGGGAGCCGGUGCGGGAGGUGCGGGCACGGCUCCCGCAGCCCCUAUUCCUGCCGCAGCCCCUGCUCCCGUCCCCUUUGGUCUCUCAGCAGCGGGGUUCCGGCCCCCUCCGUGCAACCAGAGGAGCAGAGGCUGGUGCAGAGGCCCCUGCGCGUUCCCGUGGCUGCGGGCACAGCUCAGCCCUGCCCAGGGCUUGGUCUCCAGCCCCAUUUCUCACCGGGCAAAGAUGAAAAGCGUGUGUGUAACCCCCCAGAUGCUCUGAGUGUCCCCCCGAGCCCCGCAGUGACACAGGCUGGAGCAGGGACACCGCAGCCACUCCGGAGGCUCCGGCCGGCCCCGAGGGCUGCAGGUGACCUGUUGGUGAGACAAGAGCCUUUGGUAUUGCUUCUGCAGACAAAGAUGAUCCCAGGAAUCAUUUCCCACCUAAUGUAGAUGCAAAGCCAUUUAAUAAAAAAUAAACUUUAACAAGAACUCUCA